AAGAGAUCAGUUCUAACCUGCCCAGCAGGAAUAACGGUCCUUCUUCCAACUAUUUCUAAGGCUUAUUACCAUUUUGGAAGGAUCCUCGUUUCUCCACAUUACUUUGGUUCCAGUCGGUUUCUCUUCAUCCGAACUCUUUGAAAAGAUAGUAACGUAAAUAAUAAGAUAUUGAGCCUGCGUGCUGCCGAUUCAAGGAGUCGAGUCCAUGCGAACUGCCAUCUGAUCCACUCUUAUCAAUGAAGCCCGAGAUCAUGGCGGAUGGCCCCAGGUGUAAGAGACGAAAACAAGCCAACCCAAGACGGAAAAACGCAGUGCUGAACUAUGAGAACGUGGUGGAGACGGGUUCGGAGACGGACGAGGACGACAAGCUGCUGGUGUCUGAGGAGGACGGCCUGGCCAAUGGGGAGGCCAGCCCUGCCAGCCUGCCCAAUCACGAGGCGGCGUCGCCCAGAGUGGGCCACGCCCUGAUGACGAAGGAGGAGGAAGAGGAGGAGGACCUGCGGAACGGAGGGGUGGAGCACGUGUGGAGAGAGAGAGACAUGUUACACGCAUCGGUGCAUGGUACGGAUGAAAUGAAGGAUGAGUUUGAUUCCAUGGGGCCUGAAGUCACUCAUCAGAGACUUGGAAACGGUACAGUUAAGAGCGUGGAUUGCACUGUGGAGUUGGAGGAGUUCUUCUCCGGGCGGAAGCUGGGAGGUCCGGAGAGCCACGUGGUCAGCAUCGCCGAAUACCUGCAGCGAGGGGACACCGCCAUCAUCUACCCAGAAGCCCCGGAGGAGCUGUCGCGCCUGGGGACGCCCGAGGCCAACGGCCCGGAGGAGAACGACGUACCACCUGGAACUCCAGAUGCUUUCGCCCAACUGUUGACCUGCCCCUACUGCGACCGGGGCUACAAGCGCCUGACAUCACUCAAGGAGCACAUCAAAUACCGGCACGAGAAGAACGAGGAGAACUUCUCCUGCCCUCUGUGCAGCUACACGUUCGCUUACCGCACUCAGCUGGAGCGACAUAUGGCCACACACAAGCCAGGAAGAGAUCAGCACCAACUGCUGAACCAGGGAGCUGGCAACCGCAAGUUCAAAUGCACAGAAUGCGGCAAGGCCUUCAAAUACAAACACCAUCUGAAGGAGCACCUGCGGAUCCACAGCGGUGAGAAGCCGUACGAAUGCCCAAACUGCAAGAAGCGCUUCUCCCACUCGGGCUCUUACAGCUCCCACAUCAGCAGUAAGAAGUGCAUCGGGCUGAUCGCGGUGAACGGGCGGAUGCGCGGCAGCAUGAAGGCAGGGUCCUCGCCCACGUCAGCGUCCUCCUCCCCCACCAACUCCGCCAUCAGCCAGCUGCGGCACAAGCUGGAGAACGGGAGGCCUCCGGGGCUUCCAGACCCUUCCGGCCACCUCGACAUCAAGACCGAGCCGCUGGACUUCAACGACUACAAGCUCCUGAUGGCCUCCCACGGCUUCGGCGCGCCCGCGCCCUUCAUGAACGGAGGGAUGGGGGGCGGGAGCCCGCUGGGGGUGCACAAUUCGGCCCAGAGUCCCUUGCAGCAUUUGGGGAUGGGGAUAGACGCUCAGCUCCUCGGGUACCCCGGUCUGGGAAACAACCUGAGCGAGGUGCAGAAGGUCCUCCAGAUCGUCGACAACACCGUGUGCCGGCAGAAAAUGGACUGCAAGCCCGAGGAGAUCUCCAAGCUCAAGGCCUACAUGAAGGAGCUGGGGUCUCCAAUGGAGGAGUCCAGGCAGGGCCUGACCUCUCCCGGGGCUCCCCCGGCCAGUCUUCCCGUCGUCAGCCACAACGGCGCCACCAAAAGCAUCAUCGACUACACGCUAGAGAAGGUGAACGAAGCCAAAGCCUGCCUCCAGAGCUUGACCACGGACUCAAAGAGACAAAUUAGCAAUAUCAAAAAGGAGAGAUCGAAUCACGUGCUGGAUCUCGGCCUCGAAGACAAGAUGCACAACAACAACAUGCUGUUUACACCCUUUUCCUGCCAGUACUGCAAAGAAACGUUUCCAGGUCCGAUUCCCCUGCAUCAACAUGAACGCUACCUGUGCAAAAUGAACGAGGAGAUCAAGGCGGUCCUCCAGCCCAGUGAAAACCUGGUGUCCAACAAGCCUGGGAUGUUCACAGAGAAGCACGCCCUCCUCCUAUCUUCCAUGCUAUCUGAAAAAGGGGUACCAAGCUCCUUUAACCCCUACAAGGACCACAUGUCUGUACUGAAAGCUUACUUCGCUAUGAACAUGGAGCCCAAUUCGGAGGAACUACUAAAGAUUUCCAUAGCGGUCGGCCUCCCUCAAGACUUUGUGAAAGAGUGGUUUGAGCAGAGGAAAGUCUACCAGUACAGCAAUUCCAGGACCUCACCUCUAGAACGGAACAGUUUGGACAUGUCGCUGGCUGCCGCCAAUCACACCCCCUCGAAAGAUUCCAUGGCAGCCAGGUCCCCGGUGUCUCUGAUCAAGGCCAGCGACCGCAUCAUGUCCCCCUCCAUCGCAGAGCUCCACAACAACCUCAGCAGCUGCGACACGCCUCUCCAGCACUCCAAAACCGCCCAGUUCGGCAGCGGGAAGCAGAUGGGCGACAAGUUGGACCACUCGAGGAGCAACACUCCUUCCCCUUUGAACCUUUCUUCCACGUCUUCGAAAAACUCCCACAGCAGCUCAUACACUCCAAACAGCUUCACCUCGGAGGACCUUCAGGCCGAGCCUCUGGACCUCUCCCUGCCAAAGUUCAUGAGGGAGCCCAAGGGGGUUCUGAGUGUGAAAAGCAGGCCCAAACCCAACAGCAUACCGACAGACCACCACAGCGCUCCAUCACCACGGGAGCUGCUGGAGGAGCCGCUCAACCUGGCCUAUCUCAAGAAGGAGUUUGCCGGCUCCAACAACAUCAACAACCUGGACAAAAGCACUAGCCCCAUGUUCGGCAUUAACCCCUUCGGCGGCAAACCUUUGUACACCUCGCUCCCUCCGCAGAGUGCUUUUCCUCCGGCCUCGUUCAUGCCCCCGGUUCAGGCCAGCAUCCCGGGCCUGAGGCCGUACCCAGGGCUGGAUCAAAUGAGCUUCCUGCCGCACAUGGCCUACACUUAUGCAACCGGAGCAGCUACUUUUGCUGAGCUGCAGCAGAGAAGGAAGUACCAGCGGAAACCAGGUUUCCAGGGGGAGCUGAUUGACGGAACGGCAGAUUAUAUGUCAGGCCUGGAUGACCUGACGGACUCUGAGUCCUGUCUGUCCCGGAAGAAGAUUAAGAAGACAGAAAGUGGUAUGUACGCGUGUGACUUGUGCGACAAAACAUUCCAGAAGAGCAGUUCCCUCCUAAGACACAAAUAUGAGCACACAGGGAAGCGACCACACCAGUGUCAGAUCUGCAAGAAGGCCUUCAAACACAAGCACCACCUUAUCGAGCACUCCAGACUGCACUCCGGGGAGAAGCCCUACCAGUGUGACAAGUGUGGCAAGCGCUUCUCCCACUCCGGCUCCUACUCCCAGCACAUGAACCACCGCUACUCCUACUGCAAGAGGGAGGCGGAGGAGCGGGAGGCAGCGGAGAGAGAGGCCCGGGAGAAGGGCCACCUGGAGCCCACAGAGCUGCUCAUGAACCGGGCGUACCUCCAGGGCCUGACCCCUCAGGGCUACCCCGACCCGGACGAGAGGGACACCAUUUUGCGCGAGGGCGCGGCGGAGGGGCCGAUGCGGGAGCGGCAGGGGGAGGUGGAGGGGGCGUACACCGAGCUGGGGGGGCGCCAGGACGAAUUCGAGGAGGAGGAGGAGGAGGAGAGCGAGAACAAGAGCGUGGACACGGAUCCGGAGAACGGGGAGAGGUCCAUGGACGAGAGCUCCGUGGACGGGAAAGCGGAAACCAAAUCGGACCACGAGGACGGCGUGUAAUCUAGACUACUGCCUUUCCCCUGCUUUUAUAAAACAUGAGAACUGAAUAUGAUUUGUCCCGGUAGCAUUGUUACCUGCUUGAUUGGAAACACGCUGCCGUGUGCUCAAGCUGGACGUGCACGUGCCUGAGGCUUCCAGAAGCUCGUCUCGACGGACUCCACAGGGGGAGGGUCGCAAUUCUGCUGAAAGAGACCUUUUUAAAACUUUGAGUUUUUGGGGGGGGGGAGGGA